AAUCCUCAUCCCCCUCUCUCCCCCUUCGGAACCUCCGAGAUCUCCUCUUCCCCUAUGCCGGAGUUCAUGGCCGCCGAAGAAGAGAACACGACCAUGCCGGAGGAAGGAGCUUUUCGCACGUACUCACCCCCGCAUUUGUCGUCGCCUUCGUCGGACGCUUCGUUGCAGCCAUCGCCGUCUUUCCCACAGCCGCUGCCUCCACCUUCGACUUCGCCGCCGCCACCGCCGCCAUCACCUCAAGCCCAAGAACAACUUCUGUUGCUGGAGCUCCAACACCAAAUCUACAAUGCCAACAGCAGCAAUCGGUUAGAUCUAAAACAUUACAAUGAUUUUUUCUCACUCCACCAUCAGACAAGAUCAUGCUCCAUUCCAUAAUUAAGUUCCCGGUAUCUAUGCCUGUAAAAUUUUUUACUAAUUUUGGAAGGCUGCAUUCUAAGCUUUUGAAUCUGGUGUUAUGAGACGGUUGAUCUAGGUAGAAGUUAUGAGGAAAGUUUUGAUAAUAAAAUAUUGAAAAGAAACUAUGUGCUACCCAUUUAGUCAAUUCCAACUUCUUAAGAUCACAGGUUAGUUGAAAACAAUUUGGAGAGGAAAGUAUUUUGUUGCGUAACUAUCAUGUUCAGCAACUAUUGGAAUGUACGGUAUUGGGUAUAUAA